GCGUAGGGAAAGGUAGAGCUACUUAAGCAUCGAUAAAAGCAGCAGAGAGUCAAAGCAGAGAGACACGUGCCGAGGAGGACACUCUUCAUCAGGAGCUCUUCUGAAAAACAGGUCCCGAGCUGGUUAGAUAAACCCGACAGCCGGUGCAGGAACAUCAGAAACCAUGCACGCCGCCCUGCUGCUGGGCUGCCUGGUUCUGGCUGAGACGGGACUCUUCGUCGGCUCCGCUCACAUGAUUCCGGACGAGCGACUGGCCACCAACCGAGUGGUGGCGUCUGGCGCUGUGUCACAGAGUCUGGACACUCGUCAGCCGGCGGUGCUCAUCGUUGAGCUGCCAAAGCCGGAGAAGAAGAAAAGGAAGAAACAGAAGAAGAACAAGUCGGGCUCCAACAAGCGGCCUCUUCCUCCCGCUGACUGUGUGCCGCUGUGGGGGAGCUGCAGGUCCACCAGCAACGUCUGCUGCGACUAUUGCGCCUUCUGCCACUGCCGGCUCUUCCGGACCGUCUGCUACUGUCGGAUGGGGAAUCCUCGCUGCUGAGCCCGGCCCGGGGAGGACCGGCGCGCCACCAGAGAACUCUUGCUUGUCGGUUUGUAACUUCCCAGAAAAUUCACUGCAUGAAAGCACUUUACCAGCGAGCGCAGCACCGCAGUGAAUCUCCUCCGGCUGACGACGACGAGCUCACGUCGCAAAUUCUUUGUUGUUCUUUCGGCUUCUCGUGUUUGCAUGAAUCACGUUUUGUAUCAGCGCUGCUGCAAAAUCCGUAUAUUCUAUUUUUGUACGCUCCGGUGGAAUAAACGUGUCCUGCACUUUGUUUUUA